AUGGAUGAAGCCGUUCAGAGAGAUAUUCCGGCCAUUGGGGUUCCAAUGGCCGACGAUUGUGAAAGAACUCGAAAGAUGGCGGAUACGAAUGAGGACGAAGCGACACAACAAGAACAACUGAAAACUAUGAUCUCGGAAGAGUUUGGAAAGGCAAUCCAGGCCAAUAUUCCUCGAUUAGCCCAAGAAGUGGAAAGUCAUGUGUUAGAAGUGGUAGAAACGAUGAUGGCAAGUAAGAUGGACGAGUUGAAAGGGAAGUUUGAUGAAAUACAAGGAAAGAAGGGGGCUCGCAAAUGCACAUACAAGGAAUUUAUAGCAUGCAAUCCUUUACCCUAUAAAGGAGAGAUUGACCCUAUAACAUGUCAAAGGUGGAUCACAAGUAUGGAGGCGGUGUUUGUAAGGAGCCACUGUGAAAAGGAAGAACAAGUAAUGUUUGCCACCAGUUGUUUACAACUCCAAGCUAAAGACUGGUGGGAUGCUUAUAGUAAAGAAAUUUGUGAAGAUAAGGUUCAAGUCUUGACAUGGCAAGAGUUCAAGGAACCUUUCCUAAAUUACCAUUGUCUGCAAUCUGCCAUUGACAGGAUUCAAGAAGAUUUCUUACAUCUUCGUCAGAAAGACGAAACCAUUGAUGAAAUCACCAACACAUUUCUUGACAAACUGAAAUUCUGUAAAGAAAUAGCGGGAAUGGAAAGAAUGAGGAUAAACCGCUAUCAUGGUAUGUUGAAGGCCGAAUAUCAGGAGUUCAUAACUCCCACUAAAUGUGAAACCUUGAACGAGCUCAUUAAUUUGGCCCGAGAUAGGGAGAUUGAACUAAGAAGACAAGCAGAAAGAGGUGAGAAGAGAGUGUUUGAGAAUGUUCCCAGCUCAAGCCCGUCAAAGAAACAGAAAUUUCAAGAUCAUGGCAAGAAGGAUAAGGCGAAAGGGACAUCCAAAACAGAUAAGGAAGCAAGAAAGGAGGAAGCCCCAAGAGCUAAGGGGAGGAUGUUUCAGAUCUCGACUGAAGAAGCAAAGGACCACCCGAAUGUUGUGUCAGAGAUAGUGAAAUUAUCAUUGAAGAUGAGAAGUUUGCCAUUGACCUUAUUCCCAUUGGUAUUGGGAGAAUUCAAGGUUGUAGUUGGCAUGGAUUGGCUAGCCAAACAUCAUGCCGAAACUCAAUGUGAGAAAAAGGUAAUCCAUGUGUUAAUACCGGGAGGAAAACGAGUGAGUAUACAAGGGGAAAAGAAUGUUAAUUCAAAGCUUUGUUCUAUAGUCCAAGCAUUCAAGUAUGUGCGCAAUGGAAGUAAGGCAUUUCUAACUUACGUGAUAGAUACUAACCAGGAUACCCCCAACAUAGAGGAGGUUGAGGUUGUGAAAGAGUUUCUUGAUGUAUUUUCGGAAGAUUUGCCUGGGCUUCCACCAGAACGUGAUGUAGAUUUUAAGAUUGAAUUGUAUCCCGAUGCCAAACCCGUAGCCAAAGCUCCUUAUAGGUUGGCCCCAACUGAAAUGCGGGAGUUAAUGGUUCAGAUCCAAGAGUUACUCGACAAGGGAUUUAUACGCCCGAGCGUGUCGCUUUGGGGAGCACCUGUUCUUUUUGUUAAAAAGAAAGAUGCCGAACAUGCAUGCCAUUUGCGCGAAAUUCUUGAAGUGCUUCGCAAGGAGAAAUUAUACGCAAAAUUUUCUAAGUGUGCUUUCUGGCUUAGAGAAGUACAAUUUCUCGGUCAUGUGAUUAAUGCGGAUGGUAUCUUAGUAGAUCCGUCAAAAGGGGAAGUUGUUAUGAAAUGGGUACCUCCAAAGAACCCAAGUGAAGUUAGAAGCUUUUUGGGUUUAGCGGGCUAUUAUAGGAGGUUUAUUCAAGACUUUUCUAAAUCGGCCAUGCCGUUGACCAAGUUAACCAAGAAGAAUGAGAAGUUUACAUGA